CUAGUCUGUACGUCGUUCGGCGGCAGUGAGAUUUAAAUAGUGAAGGGGAGAGCACGCGUCGUCCUCUAAACUACCGCUCACGCGUUCGCUUACGAUAUAUUACUGAAAUAACUUUUUCCAACACCAUACAUUAGACUUUAUAAAAAAAAUAUCUUUCCACGGAUAAUAUAUAAAUUAUGGUUAUGUUUUAAAUAGACGUUAGGUACUGUAUUUUUGUUAUUGUGCCCGUGGACUUUAUGAUGAUGAUGGCCAGUGCGAAAUUGGUGAGGAACUGUAGCUCGGAGCUGAGCUCUGACAUACGGUCAUUGUCAGUGGCUUCGUCCACCGAGGAACAGGAGUCGACCACCACAGAAUCUGAGUACACUGAAGAAGAAAAAGAGUAUGAACUGGACGAUCUCCAGAUACUGAAAACUAUUGGUACCGGCACAUUUGGUCGCGUGUGCCUCUGUCGAGACAAAGCUGCCGACGAAUAUCUAGCUAUGAAAAUCCUCUCGAUGGCAGAUGUAAUUCGUUUAAAACAAGUCGAUCAUGUGAUGAACGAAAAAAAUAUAUUAUCAGAAAUCAAUCAUCCAUUUAUAGUGAAUUUGCGGUGGUGGACUCACGACGAUUCGUGUAUUUACAUGCUGUUCGACUAUGUGUGCGGCGGCGAACUGUUUUCUUACUUAAGAAAUGCCGGCAGAUUCAGUAAUAGUAUAGGAAACUUCUAUGCAGCAGAAAUAGUAUCCGCAUUGGAAUAUCUUCACGCGCGCAAUAUCGUGUAUAGAGAUCUCAAACCUGAAAACUUAUUGCUAGCGAGAGAUGGUCACUUGAAGAUCACAGAUUUUGGUUUCGCAAAGAAGCUGACAGACCGAACGUGGACAUUAUGUGGUACACCAGAGUAUCUGGCGCCAGAGAUCAUUCAGAGCAAAGGACACAACAAAGCUGUCGACUGGUGGGCUUUAGGUGUUCUUAUUUACGAGAUGUUGGUCGGUUAUCCACCGUUUUAUGACGACAACCCAUUUGGAAUUUACGAGAAAAUAUUGAACGGCCGAGUGGAGUGGCCGCGACACCUCGACCAAAUCGCGAAAGACAUUAUCAAAAAGUUACUUGUACAAGACAGAACAAAAAGGCUUGGCAACAUGAAGUGCGGGUCAGAGGAUGUCAAGAGGCAUAGGUGGUUUAAGCAUAUCGACUGGGCAGACGUUUUCAUGAAAAAAUUACAGCCACCAAUAAUACCAUCAGUCUCCUACGAAGGUGACACCUCCAACUUUGAUGAGUACCCAGAGACCGACUGGAAGGCGGUACGCUCGUUGGAUCCAGAUGAACUUAAACUGUUCGCCAAUUUUUGAUGGGCAACUCACGCAUUCAACUGUGGUUAUAAUUAAGAAAAGUCAUCUUUUGGAACACUUAGUUUAUAUCAAGAUGCCUUUAUAAGGAACUUUGUGUACAUAAUAUCAUCAGAGGUCUAAAGUUAAAUAUAUAGAUAACAAUCAUUUACAUUAAUGUUAUGGUUGUUAAGGUAGUCUUUAAGAUACUUUGUUGUGAUAGUUGAUCUGGGUAUUUAAAAAACUUUCUUUAUAUGAAGAUCUUUUUGACUAUCGCACAGCGUCAAAUGUGAAGUGUUCAUUGGCGUAUGUAAAUAUUGGGUUAAUGUUUUAUUAUAAUUUAUUAGAAGUUUUACCUAUUAAAACUAGUAGAAUUUUGCAGUAAAGGACGUUGAAGUUUAUUGAUAGUAAAAUAUAUUAACAGUCCGUUACUGGAAGAUCUUAUGAGACUGCAAUUACAGUUUCGCAGUGCGUUUGUGUCAUCGUCAAAUGUGCGUCGCAAAUACUUUUAGUAAAUCCUAUUAUAUUUUAUAAAUUAAAUCAGUUAUUAUUUGUAUACCAUAUAUAUUAUCCAAUUUAUAUAUUCAUUAUCAAACACAAAUGUAUGUAUAAUAUAUGAGUAAUUAUAUUUUUUUUUAUUAAUUGUUCUAAAAUAUGUCGCGUAUAGAACGCGACGUCACGCGUGCAUUUAUAUUUAAUAGCUUUGUAUGUAGAUAUUUUAUUUUUGUUAUGAGAGCGCUUCCAGUCAGUGGGAACUAUAUAUUUACACUAUAUUAUUAUAGUAAAAUAUAGUCUCUGACGUAACACUGGCACGUUUGCAUUAGGUACCUGGCAAAUUUUAAAGAAGAUGAAUUGCUUUUAUAAAUUAUUUGUAAUAUGGAUAUAAAUGUAGCACUAAAAAUUUAUAUUUAUAAAUACUUUUUAGAUACCUAAUUAAUUAACUGAAUUUCUUCGUUUAGUAAACACUACUGUAAUAAUAAUCUAAGAUAUUUACUUUUGUUUGAAAUUGUCUGCAUUAUCUUAUGAGCAGCAGUGUUUUAGAAUUUUACAAGAAGUUUUAAAUAAUACUAAGUACCUAUUAAUAUUUAAGUGGCUCAUAAACAAAAAAAAGCACAAAUAUUGGGUAUUGCGAUCGAAUCGAUUAGUAAUUUAGUUACAUAGUAACAUAACUUUUUGUCAAUGGUAUUUAUUCCUUGUAAUGCCAUGAGUUGCCACAAUUUGAGUGAUACGAUUGUUUUAUUACGAUUACCUUUAACGACGUGAAAGACGUAUAAAUAGUAUAAAAUCAACAAUCUUUAAUAGAAUAAUUGUUGGUACUGUAACAGGUUUGAAAUAUAUUCAAAAGAGUUACUACGAAAGCCAGUCGAAACGAAAUAAAAGUAUUUUUUUAUAUUGCCAGAUUUUAUAUAUCUAAUACUUAGUGAAUAAAUAUAAUGUUAAUUUGAAAUCAAUCACGCGUUAGAAUUCCAUUGCUUCCUAUUGCAAAGUUUAACUAUUUAGUCGUUAGUUAAUUUAGAUUUUAUUUGUGGAAGAUUGUUGUUAAAUAUUUGUGAUUUUAUGGGUUAGUCGUUUAUGUGGAUAUGUAGAACUAAUUAUAUUAAGAUUCUGAAUGCUGGCCUGAACUCUUAUUAUACCUUCAUUUAAGUCUAUUUAUAAAAUGUACAUAUUUAAAAAAAUAUAAAUACCUACCUAGCAGGUACAGACUGAAAAAUACACUUUCGUUUUUCGUAUAUAUGUGUCUAUUUAUUUAAUCUAUAUUUAUAACUAAAGCAGGAUAAUUAUAAUGAAACAAAGCUUCUUAAUUAACAGAAAAUUUUUCCUUUAUAUUUGGAAAGUUGUUUAAGGAAAAAUGAAUGAUUAUCGUGAAAGGAUACUAAAGGCUUUUGAUUGUGCGACCUGAAAUCUUUUAAUUUGUUUUCGUGAAAAUUUCCAAAACACUCUUGUAGUGAUUCCUUAGGUCACAAAUCGAAUUUAAGUAUAGAAAUAAUUUCUUUUAAAUCCAAUAUUUUUUUAUGCGAGUUGAUAAAUCAGUUAGAAUAAUAUGUAUUUGCAUUAGAGAGGAAAAGAUUAGUCAAUGUUUAGGUAAGUCAGUUUAAUACUAUUUUUUUACUAAUAUAUUUUAUAUAUUAGUUAUUAUGCCAUUAUUUAUAUUUUUAUGUGUGAAUUUGCACUAGCUUAAGGUUAUGAUGUUAAUUUGUAUUUAUAUGUCGAACUGUAAUUUGCAUAAAAUGAGUCCUUAGGAAAUAUUCUACUAAUAUUAUAAACACGAAAGUUUGUAGUGAUGUUUGAACGUUUACAUAUUUGUGUGUUUACGGAUUGUAAUGAAAUUUAGUACACAGGUGGACAUAUCCUGGAUUAAUGCAGAAUUCACGCGAGUAAAAUUGCGAAUUACAACUAGUCCUAAUGAAAGCCACGCAUUUGUAUUUAAAAUUGGAGUACUAAACCUGCACUAAAAUAAUUUAAAUUUACGACAUAAACAAGUUAUUAGAUAAAAGUUUUAUUAAUGUCGAAUUCAUUUUUAAUGGAUAGAAUGUUUUGAAAAUUCAGAUUUUGUGUAAACAUAAAUGUUAGAUAAAAUAUAAGUAGUUUUCAUAUUUUAACUUUGUAUAAAUCAAAAUCUGAUGUAUUUCACAUAACUUACAGCACAUUUUAUUAUAACAAAUUCUUAAUAAAAUUUAAUACCAUAGUUUAGACGUGUCCAUGUAAAUAACACGUACUGAUGUGCGUCAUAGCCUUUUGAUCUGAGCUAGAAAGUAACAAGUAUAUCAUUAUUUUUUAUUUGUUUGUGUAAUAGAUAUACUUAGUACACAUUUUUAUUGCACGACGGUGGAUAGAGGAUAACGUUGUAAUGUUAUUUUUUUCUCAUGUCAUUCGGAAGUUAAACUGAUAUAAAUUGAAAUACGUACCUAUAUCUUAUCUUUAUGUUGAUAAGAUACCUACAAAUACUUACGAAAUAAUGUACAUAGAAAUCUUGAGGGUGACAGAAACAUUAGGGUGUCUUUGUUUUCGAAAUAGGGCGUUAUUUGAAUAAAUUCUGUAAUUCAUACAUGAUUAGAUCUGUAUCUAAAAUUGUUCUUCAGUAUCGUGAAAUGUUCAUGCAUAAUAUUGGUUAGGUUCAGUUAUUCAUUUAUUCAGUUGAGUUCGGUUAUUGGCUGAGCUUUCUAGAAGAAAUAGGUAUUAUUUUUAGUCGGGCCAUAAUAUAUAACUUCUGUGAUGUUAUUAGUCUUGAAAAUCAUUACAAUUGUAAAUUCAAAAAAGAAGAUUUUUAUAAAAAACGCGUUAGAUUCUAAAAUUUCAUAAUGUACGUACGUAUUAAACUGUGACAGGGUUGUAAAGUGUAUAUUUAAUAGUUAUUAAUUUGUAAAUACACGAAAUAAAUGUGUUCAUAAAAACCUAA